AUGGCGUCGGGUGUAACGGCAGCAAUGGGAUCAGAGGACAUGACAGCCCAUCGUGGAUUCAGUGAUGAAAAAUACUCUUUGUUGAUUGUCAUCGGUGCGCUCUAUCGACCGCAUAUACUGGACUAUAUUGUGGUGGAGAUUGAACGAGGUAUUCGUGCAUGGGAUGUGGACUUAACAGUGUGCAACUUGGAUGAGCAGCUCAAACUCUUCAUUUCUCAGCAUUCUUUGGAUCAGUCCAAGGAUGUAAGAGGUCAAAGAACAUUGCAAUUCACCAAAGAAGUACUGGACAUUAGGGUUGUAGUAAAUCCAUCUGAAGGGGUUCUCUACUCUGAGGUGCACAGCUUGAUCUCAGGCAUAUCUCGACACAAGCUUUUGGUGCUCACAGGACAGUCUCUUGAGGAAACGGGGGACCUGGUCCUGCACACUGGACAGUUCUCUCCAAAUGAUUUCACCCAGGUCUUUUCAGAUGAAGAGAUUCAACCACUCUUAAACUCUGUGAGCAUAUAUGGCAAAGCAAAUCUCACCUUAAGCUGCCCUAAAACUGGAAAAUGGAAAAACUCUGUGCUAGGGAAACACAACAUUCAUGAUAUUAUCGACAUUAAGGUGAAUCCUAUAAUGGUACUACCCAAAAUGGGAGGCCUUCAGGAGUUCACAGACCACCUUUCUGAGUCCUUAGAGUCACAGUCUCCAUUUGACCUCUUGGAGCCCCCUGGCACAGUGGGAUUCCUCAAACUAUGUCGCCCGUGCUGUUAUGUCUUUCCAGGAGGCAGAGGAGACUGUGCCUUCUUUGCUGUCAAUGGCUUCAAUGUUUUGGUCAAUGGUGGAGCAGAUCCACGCUCUUGUUUCUGGAAGCUGGUCAGGCAUUUGGACCGCAUUGACUCAGUGCUCCUUACACAUGUUGGAACAGAUAACCUGCCAGGAGUUAACAGCCUGUUGGAGAGGAAGGUUGCAGAGCUUGAUCAAAGUAAAACUGACUCACAGGAAAAGGAGCAAUGGCUGAAAAAUCUGAUCUCCCCAGAACUUGGUGUAGUGUUCCUCAAUGCCCCAAACAGACUUAAAAAGCUUCAAGGUGACCCUAAUGUACUACGAAGCAGUGAUCUAGCAGCACUUACUUUACAGCAUUUGGAAAAACUAAAGAUCCCACCAGAGCCACUUCUUCGCAAUUCAAGUGGCUCGAUAGAGCCAGUCAUUCUUUUCCAGAAAAUGGGAGUGGGGUGUCUUGAACUUUAUAUCCUAAAUCCAGUCAAAUGUAGCAAAGACUUAGAGUCUUUCAUGCAUAACUGGCCAGAUAAUAACUCUAAAUCCAAGAGCUUGGAUAUCCCCCUGACCUCUCUGGUCUCUAUAUGUGCUUUGCUUGUUUGGCAUCCUGCCAGCCCAAUUGAGAAUAUUGUAAGAGUUCUAUUUCCUGGCUCUACACCACAAGGUAAGAUCAUGGAUGGUCUGGAGAGGUUGAAGCAUCUAGAUUUUCUCAAGCGGCCCGUAGUGUGCUCCAAUGAUUUUGAGACAUCAAAAUCAGAUAAGUCUCCAAAACUUGCAAAGAGUCAGGACAGUCCCAAAUCUAAUUACAAGGAACAAAGAACAAGUAAUGGCGCUUCAAAGGACCGAUCUCUUCAUGGAGAUCUAGAGCUAAAAGAAAAAUCCAAAGGUAUGAAUGGAAAUGAUCCAAAAAGUGAAGAAAGACUGAAAUCCGUUGACAGCAGUGUAAAACUAAAACCCUCGUUACCCUCUAAACUCGUUACAAGGAAGGAGUCUUUAAAGGGCAAAAGCAGUGACAAAACAAGCAUGUCAGAUUUAAAAAGACAAGAAAAUGGACAGAGAAAAAAUUCAGGUGGUAAGGAUUCUUUGACGAGCAGAUCAAAGUCAGAUAGCAAAUAUGAUGUAAAAACCGAAGAGAAAAAAAACACAGCAAAGUUUCUUGGAAAAGAUAGCGAGAAAAAAUCAACAGGCUUAUUAAACUCAAAUAAGCCUGGAAAUGUAAAAAAUGGAGCAAAGCCAAAUAAGCAGGCUGAGGACAAAGCCAAAAACUUCAAAUCUAAUAAGGAGCAGCAGAAUCAGAAGCUGUCAACAGACUCAGAAGAUGUAAAUUGCCCAGUAAUAUCUUCACCAGAAGAUAUGACAGCAGAAUGUUUGGAAGUGGACAAAGAACAACAUGAAUUACUCAUGGAAAAGCAACACACAGACACUGGGAACCUGAAAAGUGGCUCAAUAUGUAAUGUGCAGUCUAAGUGUAGUCCUAUAGUAAACCCUAGCAAGGCCACAGUGUCUGCAGGACCCUUUUACAAAACAAAAAAUGUGCAUUGUGUGAAUCUGGAUCUCACUCCCACUGAGUAUACUUUGCUUAAUGGGGCUUUGAAUGACAAUAUUUCAAAAAAUGGGCACGAGGAAGUUUGCGUCAGUCCUGAUGAAAAGACUUUAGAGUUAACUAGUGCUGGCCAUACUCCUUAUCACCUGUCACCUGAGGAGACCUGGGCCUCCAGGGAUCAUAAUAGUCUUGGGCUUAAGAUGUGUCUUGGUUCAGAGAGCCAGCAUAUGGUAUUGGUCAAGCUUUCAGAGUCUGGAUGCCCUAAAAGCAACCAGGAGAGCAUCUCUACUUCCUCCAAAGAGAAACAUUCUAGUUUCCUGUCACUCAGCUCUUUCAAGGAUAUAAUACCUGAUAUAUCUCCCACUAUAUAUACCACCACUCACUCAAUGCCAGCUGAAGUAAGUUCACCACAGUCCACUGAGGUUGAUGAGUCACUGUCAAUGUCUUUUGAACAAGUUCUGCCUACAGUCAGUGAGUCCACCAAUGAAGAUGAAACAUCCUACUCCAGUGGACAACAAGACAAUUCUGAUUUCAAAGUAGCAAUGUCUUUGUCUAUUAAGAAGCCUCACACUCAAAGGGCACUUAAGGAUGGCUCUGAUGGGUGCCUGCAUGGACCACAUGGUCUAGUGUUUGAUACUUCCCAUGAUGUCGACCUUUGCUUGGUCUCUCCAUGCGAGUUCAAACAUUUCAAACCUGCUGGCAAUCAAGAGGAUCCAAUCUUACCAGGAAUUAGUAACACCAGUCCGCUCAACAAUUCUGAUGAUAGUGACCACUCCCAAGAUGCAACAAAACCCCUUGCACAAGCAUGUUCAGGUAACAGGGCCACUCAUCCAGCUCAGGAGACUACUCUCACCUCUACCAAUGACUGUUUUCCCACAGCCACAGACUCAGAUGUACAUAUUGGAAUAGAAGAUUGUCCAUCAAUUACAGCGGAUGGACUUCUAGAUUCUGAUGAAGAAGCUGGUGUUCAAUCCCAGAACAUAAAUGACGGGUUGAAUUCUUAUCAACUGAACCAUCCUUUGCCUCAGGAUCCCCCACCUGCUCCUGUAAAAGACUUGCCUCCUCUUCCACCUCAGCCUGGUGCCUGCAUGCCGGAUCCUAUUAACAGUGUAAAGGCUGGAGCAACAAAAGCCAGAAAACUAGUGGGAGUUACACAGAGGUUAGCAUCCUCUAGUAUUUCAACACAAGGCACCAAAACCAGAACUGGAAGUCAAGGAUCUGUUAGUAGCUUGAGAAGCAGCUCAGCUGGAGACACUCUGGCAAGUCAAAGCACAAGAUCUGCUCCUAAAAGAUCAACCACAGCAGGUAGCAAAGUUGGCACUUCAGUAUACUUGGAUCUGGCUUAUCUUCCAUCGGGCCAUGCUGCUUCCACUGUUGAUGUUGAGUUCUUCUGCCGCUUGCGAUCAUCCUGUUACAUAAUUAGUGGGGAUGACACGCUCAAGGAAGGCUUGAUGAAGUCCAUUCUGGAUGCAUUAUUGGAGGGAAAAUCUGUAUGGCCUGAGGAUGUGCCGGUGACCUUGAUUCCUACAUUUGAAUCGCUGAUGAUGCAUGAGUGGUACCUGGAAACUCUAGAAAAACAACGGCAAUGGGGCAUUACAGUCCUAGGCAGCAACAGCACUGUGGCUAUGCAGGAAGAGACAUUCCCUGCCUGUAAAGUAGAAUUCUGGUAGAUGGACUGUGAUGACACAUGUUUUACCUUUUCCACUUUUUGUUAAUGUUAUGCUUAAAGGAUGAGACCUACUUUUACACACUUUGACCACCACAAUAUGUACAGUUACGUUCUUGCAGAGGCAAUCCUAGCAAAUGACUGAUAGGAAAAGUGCAUAUAUUGUGCUUGUGACAGAUUAAUAAGCAGGUAGGCCCACAAUACACAUGCAGUGAAAUCACAAGUGUUAUACAGUAGCAACACCCAUAGUUUAAUUUUAUCCUCCAGUAACAAAUUUGGUUUCUGGUUGACAAAGAGUAUACAUACUAUAUUAGCACACAAGAUAAACCAUCAUAAUUAAUUAUUAAAUGUUGCAAAAUUGAACAUAGGCCAGAUCUCCGUACUUUAUGGAGGAGGCAUACGAACUUGAAUGGUAAAUUAAGAAUGCAGUCUUGAGUCUAAUAAUCACAGUCCAGUUUGGGAAAAUGUGCCUGAACACAAUGGAACUAGUUAAUUGCAUUGAUAAUUUCACAUUCUGACUGUGCAUGAAGAAGAUAACGAAUAGCCAUUCAAACAAAAAAGCAAUUGAAAGCAUAGGGUCAUACUUAUAUAGCUGCUUUUAAUUGUACUUGACAGAUAUGCUCUGUAUAGUUUGCAUUGUUCUUAUUUACAUCAUUCUCCAGUCCCUUUGACUGUUUGGGGACCAGUAGCUUUACACUAACCCACACAAAUAGGGUAUGAAUGCACUGCACUAUGUAAACUGUCACUUAUUUCUGGUAAGAAAUCUGUAAAAAAAAAUAUGGCCGCAUGACAUGUAAUUGACGAUUUCAGUUGUUUUAUUUGGUUAAUGGUUGGACAUGUUCUCUAGCCUUGCUGAAGAGGGGUAGAAGUGCCAACUGCAUGACGUUAAGUAUAGGCCUAAUAUUAACUGUAGAUCUUCCAAUAUCUGUGCCUACUGUGUUUUUGUAAAAUACCAAUUGCUGUAGAGCACGCUGGCCCUAAUAGUACAUACCGGAACUAUACAAAGGAUGCCUGGUAAGUUUGUGGGUUAUAAUAGAUUGAAAUGUGUAGGAAAGGUGUGUAAUAUACUUAAAUAUGUGUAACAUUAAGUAUAUGAAUUAAAAUGAUAUUAAAUGUAAUUGUAAA